AUGUCACCCACACGCCCUCGCACCCUCAGGAUGUCACCCACACGCCCCGCACCCUCAGGAUGUCACCCACACGCCCCGCACCCUCAGGAUGUCACCCACACGCCCCGCACCCUCAGGAUGUCACCCACACGCCCCGCACCCUCAGGAUGUCACCCACACGCCCCGCACCCUCAGGAUGUCACCCACACGCCCCACACCCUCAGGAUGUCACCCACACGCCCUCACACCUCAGGAUGUCACCGCCCCGCACCCUCAGGAUGUCACGCCCCGCACCCUCAGGAUGUCACCCACGCCCCACACCCAGGAUGUCACCCUCAGGAUGUCCCACACGCCCUCGCACCCUCAGGAUGUCACCCACACGCCCCACACCCUCAGGAUGUCACCCACGCCUCACACCCCUCAGGAUGUCACCCACACCCCGCACCCUCAGGAUGUCACUCACACGCCACACCCUCAGGAUGUCACCACACACACCCACGCCCACACCCUCAGGAUGUCACCCACACGCCCUCGCACCCUCAGGAUGUCACCCACACGCCCCACACCCUCAGGAUGUCACCCACACGCCCUCGCACCCUCAGGAUGUCACCCACACGCCCUCGCACCCUCAGGAUGUCACCCACGCCUCGCACCCUCAGGAUGUCACCCACACGCCCCGCACCCUCAGGAUGUCACCCACACGCCCCGCACCCUCAGGAUGUCACCCACACGCCCGCACCCUCAGGAUGUCACCCACGCCCUCGCACCCUCAGGAUGUCACCCACGCCCCGCACCCUCAGGAUGUUACCCCCCGCACCCUCAGGAUGUCACCCACACGCCCCGCACCCUCAGGAUGUCACCCACACGCCCCGGAUGUCACCCACGCCCCGCACCCUCAGGAUGUCACCCACACGCCCCGCACCCUCAGGAUGUCACCCACACGCCCUCAGCGUCACACCCACACGCCCUCGCACCCAGGAUGUCACCCACACACCCUCAGGAUGUCACCCACACCCCGCACCCUCAGGAUGUCACCCACACGCCCGCACCCUCAGGAUGUCACCCACGCCCCGCACCCUCAGGAUGUCACCCACACGCCCCACACCCUCAGGAUGUCACCCACACGCCCCGCACCCUCAGGAUGUCACCCACACGCCCCGCACCUCAGGAUGUCACCCACACGCCCUCGCACCUCAGGAUGUCACCCACACGCCCCGCACCCUCAGGAUGUCACCCCACACGCCCUCGCACCCUCAGGAUGUCACCCACGCCCCGCACCCUCAGGAUGUCACCCACGCCCCGCACCCUCAGGAUGUCACCCACGCCCUCGCACCCUCAGGAUGUCACCCACGCCCCGCACCCUCAGGAUGUCACCACGCCCCCACCUCAGGAUCACCCCCACCCUCAGGGCCACACCGCACCCUCAGGAUGUCACCCACACGCCCCACCCUCAGGAUGCCACGCCUCGCACCUCAGGAUGUCACCCACACGCCCCGCACCCUCAGGAUGUCCCCGCCCUCGUACCCUCAGGAUGUCACCCACACGCCCUCGCACCCUCAGGAUGUACCCACACGCGCACCUUCAGGUAGAAUGAUCUGCCCUCAACACAGAGACGACCCGACGCCUCAAUUAGGAGUGACCAACGUCAAUUAG